AAGGAAAAAAAAAAAACAAUUUUUUUUUUUUUAAUUGGGGACACUUGCACUGCUGAUGAGUGCCUUAGCCUCGGCUGUGUCACCUACUCACUGCGAUGCUGAAUGGACAGCAAUCCAGCAUUUGCCUGCGUCUGACUCGGUGACACUACUGUUGGUGACACAAUUACAGAACGUUGGUGGAUUCUGCAAGGUCUACGGACCUUACGGCCCCACGUAACUCACAGUAAAGAGUGCCGCCCGACAACGCUGUCCCUACACACAAGCGUUCUUUCCAAGGGUUCGUGUGAGCCGCAAGCCAGGCGCAGAGCCGAGCGGAGCCAGGGGACCUGGACCGCCAGGUCCCCCCGCGCCUCGAGGCGGGAGCUCGGACCGCUGCGGACCGUCCCCAGAGCGGCCGCCAGGGGGCGCGCACACACACGGCGGCGUGGAACUUCGCGCUUUGUCCCCUCGCGCGGUCCGUCUCCGGGCGCCGCGGCGGGAAAUCCGACGGGCUCCUCCCGGCCGCCGCCUCCUACUGCCCUGGCGCGCCUGCCUGGGUCGGCCCGCUGAGAUGGAGGAGGACGAGGCGGCCGAGGAGCAGCAGCGAUUCUCCUACCAACAGAGGCUAAAAGCAGCCGUUCACUACACUGUUGGGUGUCUUUGCGAGGAAGUGGCAUCGGACAGAGAGAUUCGGUUCAGCAAACAAACCAUUGCGGCCAUCUCGGAGCUGACUUUCCGGCAGUGCGGUAGGAAGCCAUGGCCUUCCCAAAAUUUCGCCAAAGACCUCGAAAUGUUUGCAAGACACGCAAAAAGAAGCACAAUUAACACGGAAGAUGUGAAGCUCUUAGCCAGGAGGAGUAAUUCACUGCUAAAAUACAUCACAGAGAAAAGCGAAGAGCUUGCACAGUUUAACUCAGAACAAAGAGCAAAAAAGAAGAAGAAAUUAGAGGAAGAAAACCAAAAACCAGUGGAGCCAGCAGAGGCUGCAGCAGCGAAAAAGGACAGUUCGAGUCUGUAGCGCUCACUGGCAAAGGCAGCCUUCAGCAGGGAGGGUUGCCAAGAGUUUGCGUUGCCACAAAGGGAUUUUCCAAGGGAUCAGUAGAGAUUAAAAUAAAAAGGCUAAGAGGCUUGCUGGGCUGCUUUCUCAGAGUCGUUGGCUGCCAAAGCUGGUGUCAAAGAGACCGGAAACUCUCCAGCAAAAUACUCCUGUCUCUCACCCUCCACUAACACGGGAGGGUUUGAGUGGCAAAGAUUGGAAGUUGUAUCUAUUGCUAAUAAAAUUGUGUCAGCAGCUUAAA